UUCUGGUGAGUGCUUCUCCACCUCUCCGUCGUCACUGCGGCCAGACUCCUCUUCACUCCGAUUUUUCUCUCCCAAAUCUCUUCCCAUUUGCACACUGCAUUUGCUUGUUCCUUGAUCAUUCCAAAACCCAUCCUCGAUCGGUAUCCAUAGGCCUUCGCAACGCCACGAACUGAUUGUACUCCACAAUUUUGGCCUCUCCCUCGAUGUUUUUCAUAACUGUUUGUUCACCAGUUUCCUCAAUAGGAGCCCUCGUUAGGGUGUUCCAGUGAGUCAGCAUAUUGAUAUUUUGCUAUUGAGAAGUAUCCUCUACUUGCCUUAUUACAUUUGCUGGAAUCCUUUAUCCUUGAUUUUAUAUGUCUCUAGCUUGUCCCUCAUCCAAACACUAGUUGGGCUUAUGAUCAAAUGAGAAUGAAUUUCUCUAAUGAUUUUAUAUGUGGGGUACGCAGCAUGCCAACAACCCCAACACAUUCAAGCUCCGUUUGUCCCCAGUCUUUCAAUGCAACAACUGGGUAGACAGAGCCAUGUGAUUCCCUGUGAACUGUGUUCCUGCCCAAGCUUUCUUUGCCACAAUCAUCUGGGUUUCUGUACACCACAAUUCCAUUGGCUAUCCUGUUGGGUUAACACCUUUCUCCCUAUAUAUAUCCAUCUGUCAAAAGCUCAACCAACAUAACUCAUCAUAUAUUUUUCAAAUCUCUCUCUCUGUUCUGCAUAGCUCAAUUAGAACUUUCAUAUUGCUCCUUCAUACAAAACCAUGGGUAUCCGAUUGCAUAAUAUCCUUCGUGCUAAGAAUAUUCUGCGCCAAUCAGCCUCAGAGUCUGUAGAUGUCCCGAAGGGCUACUUAGCAGUUUAUGUUGGAGAGGCACAGAAGAAGAGAUUUUUGGUGCCAAUAUCAUACUUGAACCAACCCAUGUUUCAAGAUUUGCUAAGAAAGGCUGAAGAAGAAUUUGGAUUCUCUCAUCCUAUGGGCGGCCUCACCAUUCCUUGCAGUGAGGAUAUCUUCAUCAAUCUUACUUCUCGGCUGAACAGAUUGUGAGAGCAGAAAGAGAGAGAUAUCUCUUGGAAAAAGACAAUUUUGUAAAUCAGGAACAAUCUCGUGUACAACUUAUUUUUCUUAUUUGUAAAUACAAAAAUUUUGGGAGGGAAAGAAAAAGCCUCCCUUCAUUCAAAUGAGCAAUAGAAUCCGUUU